CCAGGAGAUCAGAAGGAUUGAGAUAGAUUCAGAAAAAGAGCAUCGAGAUACAACGCUUCAGCUCUCAAACCUGGUUCACAAUAUGCAGUCCAAUAGUAAGGAGAUGUCAGAUAUAAAGGUUAAAGUGGAGAAAGGUCUUGAGAAGCAUCUUGAUAGUAGAGAGGUUCAACUCCAGGUUCAAGAACAUCAGCUCAAGAUACUCCAGGAAUCACUAUCAGAGCAGCAGGUUUCGAACGAGAAAGAGCGGGAGAAGCUGAUGGAUAUGCUCCAGCAGCUUAGGAAGGAGUUGGUGGAAAAACAAGCAGAGAUAGACAGAGAGAGAAGAGAUAUCAGUUAUGAAAGAAAGCAGCAUGAGAUGGAGAAGGAGAGCUUUCACCAUGAGAAGGAGACUCUGUUAGAGAGCUUAAAGGAGGAGAAGAGGAAGGUGGGGGAGGACAAGAUCAAGGGAAUGCGGGAGAUAGAGAAGAUGAAAACGGAACUGAUGAGCCAGCAGAGGGAGGUUAGGAGGGAGAAGCAGAUGUACUACAUACACAAGAGGAUAAAUCCUACGGAUGAGUUUAUAGAAGACCCUGGAGUAGAUAAGGAUGAGGUUGAAGGGAUAAUCAGAGCAGUAGAAUAUGAGAAAACUACGCUGAAAGGGACUGUUGACUUUAAGUGACCACCCCACUUAUUUAAAAAUGUCAUGCCCGAUGCCCAUUGGUACCCUUCACUAAUAUGCACCCUUACCUGAGUAAAAGUGAGAGAGAUAUAUUCGUUUUUACAUACCUAAAAAUUGUAUUCCUUUUCUCUGCCUUCUGCGUAAAUUCGGAAGUUAUUUUUACUUGAAAUUCCGUCUACAGUCUCAUUAAAGGACAACGAGAAACUUUAAAAAAGAACAAGGAUAAGAUUCAGAACGAGAGGAAGAAAAUUGAACUUCAGAAAAGAGAACUUGCGAACACGGUGGAGAAAUUGUUCGAGGUUGAGAGGGGAUUGAAUGAAAAGUUCCGUUGUAUUGAUGAAUGCAAAAAGAAUAUAGAGAAG